AUGGAGAAUUAUCAAACCCUAUUUCAGUCAUCAUCUUUAACUCCACCAGCAAGUUCUCAUUUAUCCUUAUUGAACAUGGUCAAUUCUCAAGCACAAGAUCAUAACAAGGUAAAUGGACACUCGAGCCUCACCGCAAAUAUGGAUAUUCCCGAUUCGGGUAUUUCAGGGGUUGCUCAGAGUGGCAGCCUUACCGGGGCUAAAACUGAGGUGAAAUCAGGUAAGAAUAAGGGUGAGAAGAAAUCGAGAAAACCUAGGCACGCUUUUCAAACAAGAAGCCUGGUCGAUAUACUUGAUGAUGGAUACAGAUGGAGAAAAUAUGGCCAGAAGGCUGUCAAGAACAACAAAUUUCCAAGAAGUUACUAUCGAUGUACAUAUCAAGGUUGCAAUGUUAAAAAGCAAGUCCAGAGGCUAUCUAAAGAUGAAGAAAUAAUAGUGACAACCUAUGAAGGGAUGCAUUCUCAUCCAAUUGAGAAGUCUACUGAAAACUUUGAGAACAUUCUGAGCCAGAUGCAAAUUUACUCUUCAGUUUGA